GAUAAUUGUUUUCUUCUCUUUCCAACAAAUCAAUUUUCUUUAAUAACUAUUCUUCGGUGAAAUUUAAGGAUAAUUUUGACUUUGCCAACGCUCGUCAGCACUCUUUUUGUCGAAUUUGUGGGAGUUCAGUUAACUUGCUUCAGAAGUCCUAUAUUAUGUGUUGAGUUUGACAGAAUGGUGAUCCAGAGUCUAAACAACAGAGCAGCUUUUCGCUCCCAGGGAUCAGGAAUGACUCCUAAAGAGCUAUCAGAAAAUGAUGAUUUGGCUACUGGACUUGUUUUGGAUCCAUAUCUUGGCUUUUCUACCCACAAGAUGAAUCUUCGCUAUAGGCCACCAAAAGCCAACAGAGAAGAAUUGAAGCAGGCUGUCAUAGAUUUCAUUGAUCAUCAAGACUAUGAUAAAGCUUACAAGCAGCUGACAUCUAGUGAUUAUGUCUGGAAUUUUCUUUCCAAUAAGAGCAAACAACAACAAAUGAAUGUUAAAGAGCAUAUUGUUCGUUAUUUGGGAAUGUUCCAUGAAUCAGCAGGCUUCACCAUUCAAGCCUGCUAUAGAUAUUCUAUGGAGGGACAAAAGGGAGCCAAGCUUUGCACCACAAAAAAAUGGUACAAAAAUGAGCAAAUUUCAUUACUUGUUGGUUGCAUAGCUGAACUAAGUCCUGAGGAAGAAGCACAACUUUUACAUCCUGGAAAGAAUGACUUUUCAGUUAUGUAUAGUUGUAGGAAAAACUGUGCUCAGCUUUGGCUUGGACCAGCAGCUUUCAUUAAUCAUGACUGUCGAUCUAACUGCAAGUUUGUUGCUACUGGUCGCGGAACUGCCUGCGUUCGAAUUUUAAGAGACAUCGAAGCUGGCGAAGAAAUAACAUGUUUUUAUGGUGAAGAUUUCUUUGGCGACAACAAUUGCUUUUGCGAGUGUGAAACUUGCGAAAGACGUGGCACAGGUGCAUUUGCAAAAAAUAAGAAAAGCAGUCCCGAAGCGACCGCAAAGGAAGAACGAUACCGCCUCCGUGAAACACAUUUGCGACUGAGUCGCGUGAAAAAGCAGACAGACAAAGAACCGAUUGUAUCGCUAACGGGACGCUCUUCUCGAAAUCCACCCACCCCGGUGCCAAUAGAGGACAGAGAAACUGUUCCAAGAGCGUUAGACGUCAAAGAGCUAAGACGUAAAGGGCUCACUAGGUAUGAUGCCGAGUUACUGGUUGCUCAAGGUUACGCCAUAUGUAAUGAGAGUAAAACUAAUAGUGAAGAAAAUAGUGGUAAUAGUGGGAGUGUAAAUCACCACCAGGGCGCGAAAGUAGUUCCUGCCACUUCGCGUGUACGUGCCAAACGCCGCCGCCGAUCACAAACUACAAAGGAAGUGAAUGGAACAAAUACAGCAACUACUACACAUAAGAAUGUUGCUAAUCAUAGCGUUGGGCAUAAAAAACAAAGCGCUGGAGCAGUAAGAAGCUUACGUUCUCGCACGGUCCGCGGUGUCGAGAGUGACGUGGUCCAAAAUACCGCCUUGGAAGGUUCUCAACCUGAGAAUAAUGAUAUAAAACAAUCUGGAAUGCGUUUACGAAACAAAAAAACGCUUGAAACGACAGCACCGACGGGAACACCUGCUGUAGCCUACCCCGUUGCCACGACGGAGACCGAGUGCGUCAGUCACGAGAGUGAUGUUUACGAGUUCACCGAUUUUGAAAACGAAAAUGGACUUCAACGAGAAAGCCCAGCAGUGUCCGAGAAAGAAUCUACCACAGAGGAGAGGAAAUCUCGAUCAGCUACUCCUCCUCCGCCAUCUUCGCGUGAACAUGCAGCUCACCAACCAGCGUUGGUGACAUCACCAGGUGGACGUCUUAAGCUGACACUUCGGAUGAAACGCAGUCCUGUCCUAGACGAAGUCAUUGAAUCCGGUAGCAGUAUGGGUGGUAGCCACCAACAAAAUAUGAUACCCGUUUACGAGGUCCUUCGUGUUGAAGGACUAGAAAUGGAUGGGGAAAGCGAACAGGAACAAACCCAUAAAAGCCGGGUACGUCGAAACCAAAGACGUAGGUCGCCAUCUUUAAUCCCCAAUUCAUCCCGAAUGGGAGUGUUGCCGACCACCAAACGAUUGCGACUGAUAUUUGGCAAUGAAUCGCACACUAUCGAUCUACCUCCCACAAACUUUUCCUCAGUUGAGUGACGUAGUUCUUGUUCAUCAGCAAGUGACCAAAUUUGGCCUAGCGACAUCAAUCUGCUAAAUUCGACAGUUUUAUGAAAUCGAGUGAUAAAUCAACCGAUAUACAAGGAAGUGAAUAAGUUCAAUAUCAUUUGUUUCACAGCCAGUACUCAUACAUUCACUUGAUCUAUUUAAAUGUUUUUCUGUUCACCAGCCAUCUCAUUUUCGGAUUCCAAUAUGGCAAGCUGUAUCCUUCUGAAACUUACUGAUGUAUUCCCCUCGCAUUUGACCACUUUUUUAAAAAUGUCGAGUCACACGAUUUUAAUACUUUCAUAUUUUUUUUUGCGCAGCAUUUCUCAAAUUUUAUUUUAUUUUAAAAUUCAGACUAGCGCAAACAGGAUUCGCCAACAAUUUGGCCGCCUCCUAGCCCCCUUCUCUUCCAACUCUAUCUCGUUCCUAAUGACCUUUCUUCUUCGUCUAUCAUGCUUUAUAUUUGAAACCAGAAAUUCUGCCCCUGCAUGUGUUCACUUAUUGGAGUUCUAGUAACACUUUUGAUGAGCGGGUCACAACCAGCAAGUCAGUUCAUAUUACUUGAGAUUGCUCCCGAUUCUACCAAGGGCAAAGUUUCUGCAAACGUGCCGUUCUUUUCAAUCUCAUCGGGUUCCUUAUGUCGCCCCAUUAUUGAUAGUAGUAUCUAUUGAAGAGUACGUUGAAUACAACUAUGGACGCAAGAAA